AUGCCUCAAAAUGAUUAUGAUGGAAGCAAAUGGGCCUACUGUGCAGCUUCAAUAAAUGGUUGGAGCAAUGCUGAAUUUUUUGCACAGUUCUGGUCUUCAACAAAAGUUCUUAAGGCACACAAGCGUCUGGAUGAAAUAAAGGCUGAAAAAGCUGAUAAAAUUGCUCAAACACAAGAGGAGGAUACCUGUAAAAAGACCUGUAAGCAACAAGAGACUGAAAAAAUCAAACAUGCUAGACAAAAAGAGGCACAACAUGUUGCUUAUAAGGAGAAGAAGGGUUUACAACUAGCAGAGAAGGAAAAACAGAUGAUUGAAUGUGCUGCUAAAUGCUGGCAGUCAGGGCUUCAAGCACCAGCUGCAAAGCACUAUCAGAAGGACUCCCCUACUAAAGAGUCUCAUUACAGAGAGUCUAUACAAUCUUCCAAAAGGGGAAUAAUUUCUAUGCUUCAAAGAACACAUUCAUUUAAUAUUGAAUAG